AUGGCACUAGGAUCCAAGCAAGCCGCUCAACACCGGGCAUCAGAGUACCCCCCGCAACAAUUCGAUCCUCCUGGGUACCUCACAAGUUCAUUGGGAGCUGGCUCCAUCCCCUCUGAAACUUGCAGUAUCUCGGAGCCCUCGGUCCAAGGAGAGUUGUACGGAAAAGUUGCCAUUCCCCGAGUACAGAGACCGAAUGCCGAGAGUGGAAGUCCACACUCUUCGCGCCUUGAUGAGAGGCGGCGUGUCAGUCAUGCUUGUGAGCCAUGCCGUUUGCGCAAGACAAGAUGCAGCGGAGAGCGACCGACAUGUCGCCAUUGCAAGGAGUUUGGUCUCUCCUGUGUAUAUGCGGGCGGGAAGCGCGACCGGGCAAAAAGAGAGAACGAAGCGCUAGUCCAGCAACUUGAAGAAUGCAAGAGAUUGCUUGCCGAGAUGAGCACUCGUCUUGGAGAAGAGGAUAAAUUUGCGAUACAGGAGGCCUUAGGACGCGACAUCACCCCGGAUAAUCAGUCCACCUAUUCGAGCAAGCGGUUCAAAUCUGAAGCAGAUGAUGACGAGAGUAAUGGCGAGGAAUACGAGGCUUCAGUUGGUGCAGGAUCAAACCAAUCUCUCGAUCGGGUAGAAGAGGACCACAACCGUUCCGCAGCCACGAGAGCGACUGGCUACCUUGGAAAAAAUUCCGAGAUUCGAUGGACCCAACGCUUAAAGGAACAUACCAUGUUUAAUUUGCCGCGGGAUGACGUCCCGGAUGAUGCCAAUCAAAAUUCCACUCCUUCCAGGAUGGCUGAACAAGCUCAAGCGAAGCAGGAUCAUCAGACUCACCAUGACGUUUCGAUCAGCGAAUCUACGUAUCAUCUGGAUGACAUGACGAUCCUUCCAACUGAGCAAGUCGAUGCCUACGAGUUGCCUCCUAUUGAAACUGCGGAAUUGCUGUUCAAAUGCUUUUUGGACAAUGUCCAAUUCGCACAUCCCUUCCUCGGCGAGCACACUUUCAAGUCCCAAUUCGACAAAUAUCUGGCAUCUCUCCGGUCUUCAGAAAUCCUCCAGCCUGGACCAAAGUGGCUUGCAAUUCUCAAUCUCGUCUUUGCUAUCGCCGCCAAAUACUCUCACCUCGUCAAAGCAGCUUGGCGGGGAGAUGAACGCGAUCACCUGAUAUACUUUACCAGAGCCCGCAUGCUUGCAAUGGAUGGUGACGGUCUUCUUUCCCACCCAGAUCUGCAACAAGUUCAGGUUGCUGGUCUUCUUGCAUUCUACCUCAUUACGAUAAACCAGAUCAACCGGGCUUACACCAUGAGUGGUAUUGCCAUUCGCUACUGUACUACACUAGGGUUGAACCUGCGAAACGAAGACAGCAGGAUAUCCGAACGUUCCAGAGAGAUUCGUUGUCGCGUGUGGUGGAGCGUCUAUGGCGUCGAAAGGCUGCUCAAUGUCAUGACCGGCCGUCCGAGCGGAAUAUCCGAGAUUGAUUGCACCGCCCCACUUCCGCUACCUGUUGACGAAAAGUCAUUCCCAGUAUCAGGAGAGCUGUACACCGGAAAUGUUGCCUCCCUUUAUCCUGGUAUUGUCGAUCCUCGUUCUGCUGAAGUCGCGCUACCAACCCCUUCGUCUCGUUCUCAGAAUACGCCACAGUCCGUUCAAAGCAACCCGUCCUCGGCGUCGUGGUCCCCUAGCCGCGAAAGCGUCGUGCCGUCACGGGUCUUGUCGGCGAGCAAUGCGUUGUAUCACAUUUCCUGUAUCCAGCUGAGUAUGCUUACUCGAGAGGUGUUGAGCCGGUUGUACUCGGCUGGAAUUAGUUCCUUGAGCUGGGCAACUGUUCAAAAAACCAUGCAGGACAUGCAUCAAAAACUUCAGAAAUGGAAGUCGGAGCUUCCGAGCGAAUUCGACUUUAUGUUGGCCGAUCAAAAAGAUGUAAGCUUUACACGGCAGAGGAUAUGCCUUGGCUUUGCGUACUACAGCGUCGUCAUGAUCACGCAUCGGCCAUGUCUUUGCAGGAUCGAGAGGCGCAUCCCUCGCGAAUCUGGCCAGUCCAAGCACUUCAACAAUUCUGCCGCUCAAGAUUGCGUCAACGGUGCUGUGCGCAUGAUGGGUCUUUUACCAGACGAUCCGGAUCCCAGUUUCAUUUAUCGAUAUGCGCCGUGGUGGUGCAGCCUGCAUCACAUAAUGCAGGCAGCAACUAUUCUCAUGCUCGAGCUCGCCUUUCGCUCAGAUCAUAUACCUGGUGCUGCGGCGGAUCUCCUUUCGAUCACGAAGAAGGCUGUGCAAUGGCUGCGGGCCAUGUCGCAUGACAGUCUUGCAGCGUAUCGAGCCUGGAAGAUUUGCCAAGGCAUGCUGGGCAAAGUUGCUGCUCUUGUCGGUGGUGAUGUCAGCGACGUUCCAGCCGACAGUCCUGCUCCCGGAUCGCAGCGCGUCAUGGAAGAGCAGCACAAAGUUGGGACGAAUUUCGAUACGUCAACGUCGACCCCGGGCCCAGAGGAGCAAGUCGCCAGACAAAGCGAUGUCGAUGGCAUGAAUCAGUGGCUGGACACACAAGGGUUUCCCCGCCGAUUUCCUGGCGAGCCCUUUUUCGGCGGUCCCCAGCCAGCCGCCCAAGGUACACCUUACUAUUUUCCACCAAUCUACACGUCUUACGAUACAUUUUUGGGACCAUUUCAAUCGUCUACAAGCGAGCCAAACAGUGCAGUGAAUGCAGGUCCUCUCUUUCCCUCUCCUGAACAAAUGGACAAUUAUGGAAAUUUCUACAACGAUGGGUUUGUCCCGCAGGACCCUGACUGGAGUAUACCGGAAGAGCCUCCAACUUGGAAUCAGAAACCUUAA